AUGGACACCAGAUCCGCUAGACGGGGCAGGUCAAGUCCCGUAGUAGGAGACUCGCUCGAGAGCGGCAGCCCCAACGCCGUUGAAGCCAUCAAGCCCGAGUCUUCGGCCACCGCAUCACCUCUGGCAUCAUCCACAGCGGUGACUCUCAAUGGCACGGCGGCGGCAGGGGCUUCUGAGCCCAUGGAGACGACGGAAACAGACGAGGUAGAGAAUGUGACCAAGAAGAGGAAGACCGGCUCGGGAAGCAGAGGUGUUGCAAACUUGACGCCGGAACAACUGGCCAAGAAGAGGGCAAACGACCGUGAAGCGCAACGGGCCAUUCGAGAACGGACUAAGAAUCAGAUUGAACGGCUCGAGAAGCGUAUACAUGAGCUUGAAAGCCAAAAGCCCUACCAGGAUCUCCAAGUCGUGGUGCGUGCCAAAGAGGCAAUAGAGGCCGAAAAUGCCGAAAUCAAGAGGCGGCUCGCCACCAUCAUCACCAUGCUGCAGCCCAUAGUUGGUACAGGUGAUCUCGGUGUGCCAUCUACGCUCCCAUCCGCUGCGGCACCUACAGCACCUACAGCUGCUCCAAUCACGAGCAGCGUCCCUUUUCAUCCCGCAGCUCCAGCGGGAGGAGUGGUCGAUCCACAGCGCCAAGCCGCUCAACCGGCUCUACAGAGCUGGUCAAGUACUGGUAGCAGCUCAUCGCCGCCACCGCGUCGAACUGGCCUUGCUGGGGCCGUUGACGAGGGCACACGGCUUAUGCUUGAGCAGCAGGGCCACUACCUUCGGCAUGGGUUAGAUUUUGGAUCCGGACGAUUCGAUUUCAACGUUGUGCUUGACCCUAUCCAGGCUAUUCCGAGGCUUCAGAGAGGCCGAGACGGGGCGCAAGAUAGCGGUGAAUUCCACCACGUGGCUAUGAAGCAUGACUGGACGCAAGUGAACCAAGAAAAUGCGCGGCCGGCAUGGGAUUCGCCAAUUGCUAUUCCCUCGCCCGGUUCCGAUCCAGCUUCUGGAAUACUGCCGAAAGCGGUUACGAGUCAGCCAGUGCCCAGCUCUGGACCGGGCCUCGACGGCAUCGCUCCGACUAUCCCACCAGUUCCAUUUCCUGACGCACAAGCUGCUAAUAUUGCAGAAUCUCUCCCUAUAUGGGCGCGGCCUCUGAGAAACUGCGAGCCUACCUGUCCACUAGACGCUCUGCUUCUUGACUUUCGCAGCGAACGCCAGCAGCGCGCCGCAGAGGGCUACGAGCAAAACGAAGUAACCGGCCCUCGGUACCCAUCUGUAUCUUCUCUGCUCAACCCGGCCAACAGCCAAUACAGCCAUCCGGUAUCCAAGGUCUUCACAGACAUCAUCACCAAGUUCCCCGAAAUCUCCGGGCUGCCCGAAAAAGUGACCAUUCUCUACCUCAUGUUCAUUUACAUGCGAUGGCAGAUAUCGCCAACAAAGGAAAACUACGAACGCCUACCGGAGUGGAUCCGCCCACUGCCAUGUCAAAUCAACAUACCGCACCCGGCGUGGAUGGACUAUCUGCCAUACCCAGAGAUGAGAGAGAGGGUCAUUCUAGCCAACGAUCCGUCGAUUUUCUACUUUGACAAUUGGUUUCUCCCGUUUACAUCCACUUUUACCAUGUCGUGGCCUUAUGAGGAGGCGCAUACUUUGCUGCGGAAUCCGGAUAGCGAUGAGAUUAUGAUUAACCCGGUGUUUGAGAGCCAUAUGCGCAACUUGGAUAAUUGGAAGGUGGGGAGAGCGUUUGCCGAGGCGUUUCCCAUGCUGGUCGACACGUGCAAGUUUUGGGACGGGACGAAUCAACAGCCAGGCCCUGAAUAAAGUCUUUCAUUCAAGGCAUUCAGAAAGCAGGCGGAAUAAGGAGGAUAGGGCUGGAAGAAUAUUGGGCUUAGAUUUUUGCUACGAAUCUAGUAGGUAUAUCCGGCUUAUUUGGGUUUAGAGACUUGGGUGGACCUCUCGUGAGAUUGGCGAUUAUGGCACUGGCGCAUCAUACACACUCAUACAUAUUACUAGUAUAUAUAGGUACGAACUCCAUGCAUUGCAGCAUGUUUAAUGUAACUGUUUAUUAAUGCCUCAUUUACAUCAUACAAUCAUGAUUCCAACUCCGUAGAUUCGUUCAACAUAGAAUCUUUUUUGUUUUUGUGACCUCGCAGGCCAAAGCCCUCGUACCCAGCACUCAAGUAGAUUUUUUCGUAGCAAGUCCAUCAACCAGCCGCAAAAAAAAGCACAUGUGAUGAUGGAAAGAAGAUAAAAAAAACAUUGAAAGCGUAAACGCCGGCUAGAAAAUGAAGAGCCAAGGCUACAAAGUAGCAAAGCCCUUUUCGUAUUCGCAAGGAGAAUCGUGGGUAAAAAUGUCCGCUGAAUUUCGUUGCUGCUGGUGGAUUACCAUUGCAAAAAAGAGGGAGCGAAUAAAAACGAAGAAAGGAUAAAAGAAGAGAUAUAUAAAAAAAAAAAGUUAUAUAAUGCGCUCGGCAAUCCGGUCGGUAAACUGAUUAAUCUUGACGGGCACGCGCAUCUCCCGCAGCACAUACUGCAGCGACCGCAGCUUCACCGCAUUGCCCACCGACGCCAGCAGCUCGCUAUUCGAGAUGUUUGGGUUGCUGCUCGUGACCGUCUCGUAAAUCUGCCGGCGCUGCUCCUCGGUCAGUUUCUUGGGCUGGCCCGGCCGCGACAUGCUCUUGUUGUCGUGGCGGUCGGCCUCCUUCUUGAUCGUGUAGCGGAUCGUCGAGACGGGCACGUCGGGAUGCAUCUGGUGGAUGCGCUUGUAGCCGUAGCCGACGCUGUGCAGCUCGCAGAUGCGCGAGCGCAGCGUUGGGGAGAGUUCUUUGCCGCGGCGAGGCAUUUUUUUUUUUUUUUGCUUUUUUGUUUUUUUAAAUUGGUGAAAUGCUGGUGAU